GCUUCUCCCCUCUGUCCCAACAUUCCACGGUUCCAUUGGAGGCAGCUCCCAGAUACGAGAGCCCCUGUCUUCUCUGGCUUGCUCUGGUGCUGGCAGGGGAAGCCGUGGGACAGGGGCGCGGGAGGGCAGUGACCCGCUGCGGUGACAGGCUGGUUGCCUGGCGCUGAUGACAAGGAGGGUGAUGGUGACAUCGUGUCUCCCACAGAUUGUGGAAGGACGCAGAGCAGAGGGGAAGGGAGGCCAGGGCGCUCAGCAGAGAGCUCGGGAAUGCAGCGGCCUGAGAGGCAGGAAGAGCUCACCUCAGACCUCUGGGAAAGAAGAGUUCCUCACUGACCGCUUGGUGAGGAGAGCAGACUCUGCGCCGCUCUACCCCAGCCCACCUUGUGGGAUGGCGGCAGCAGGGAGUGUGGGUCUAGAGGCGGCAGCUUGUGAGAGGAUGUGCCGGACACAGAUGUGCCCCAUGACCAGCACUGCUCACCGCCGGCCCGUCUGCUGCGAGUGCCAGGCCCGGUUCCGGGGCCGACUGCCUGUGCCCAGGGCUGAGGCAACGCUGCCUUACUGGGUCCCUCUGUCGCUGAGGCCCCGCAGGCAGGUCCAGAAGACGGUGCGGUGUCACGUCUCCAAAACCACCAAGGGGUGCCGCUGCCCCUGCCACCGCUUCGGGGGCCGCCUCCCGAUGCCUAGGGGGCAGGCCGCGAUGCCCUACUGGGUGCCUCCGGUCCUGAGGUCGCCCAGGAAGGCAGUGAAGAGGCAGCAGAGUUUUAAAGACAUCCAAGACCGCCUGGACCAGCGCUCCCGCUACAACCGCUGGCGCGUGUGCGCGGCCGGGCUCCGCCUGAGCAAGUGGCGGCAGCUGCAGGCCCUCCACCAGCAGGAGCCGCCCGCGCCAGGCUGGGGAGCCAGCCCCCGGCCCGCGGCGCCCCCUCGGCCUCAGCCUCCGGAGCUUCGUCCAGGCCAUCCUGAGGGUCAUCGGCCAUCCGGCGACGCCACCGGAGCCCCGCAGACGUCGCGGAUGGACAGCGGCGGGCGGGGCGGCUCCUGGCCUGUUCCCAAGCCCCACAUCGCCCUGCCCCCAAGCGAGAGCCGCUCCCGCGUCCACACGCUGGCCCGCGUCAGGGCUGAGCGCUGGGCGUUGAGCCCCCGCCGCGCCUCUGCUCCUCAGGGGACUGGUCCAGAAAAGCCGCUGCAGGGGUCUGUCCAGUUUUCUAGUCAUUCUGGGCGGGAGGCAGCUCGGCCUUCCUCACGGGCCCUCCCCUGCAUCGUGCGCCUCUUCUCCCCGCCUUGGGCAGCGCCCCCUGGGAUCCGGCCCCGGGACCAGAUGCUGACCGUGCCCAUCACGGUGUGGCUGGCAGCGCGGCGCAAGCUUUCUCCAGGGGGUGCCAGGGAGGGGCCGGCCUGUGCGCGCGAGCGGGGCCGUGGGCGAGGUCUUUGUACACUGAAAAAUGGCCGAGGUGGUCGGCGUUAUGUGUGCGCACCUUGCAGUAAAGAGCAGGAACGGAAGCAGCAGGUCCGCUGCCUCUGCCGUGGCCUGGACUGUCCGCAUGUCCGCAGCGCGGAGCGUGGCGCCCGCGUCCCAGGCAGCCUCGGGUACGGCGGGCUCUGGGAUCUGCGACAGACGCCUUGGCGGGUCAGCUGA